CGCUCACUCAUCGGCCCACUCACACGGGUGACCUCCGAAUCCAGCCAUCCAUUUAACAACGCACUCGAGUCAACUUCUUUGAAGCUUUCACUGUUGACCAGCCAUGGAAAAGAAGAAGCAAAAGACCGUGGUUAUCGGGGCUGGCCCUGUCGGGUCUCUUGCCGCGCUGUAUGCUGCCAACCGAGGGGAUGAUGUGGAGAUCUACGAGCUUCGGAGUGAUCUCCGAGAUCCCUCCACGACUCCCCUCAACUUCACCAAAUCCAUCAACUUGGCCCUCUCGGAGCGCGGCAUCAAUGCCAUGCGCCAUGCUGGCCAGCCAAAGCUCAUCGACCACGUCAUGGCAGCGACAAUCCCCAUGCGCGGCCGAAUGAUCCACGGGAGACGAGCGAAUGGUGACCUCUACGAGGAAUCCCAAGACUACGACGUCCACGGGAGGUCCAUCCUCGCCAUCGACCGCGGCGGCCUCAACAAGCGCCUCCUCGACAUUCUAGAAGAGAUGCCGAACGUCACCUUCUUCUUCAAUCACAAGCUUACCGGGGCCGAUUUCCGAAGAAACAAGGCGUGGUUCGAGGUCCGGGACGACCAGACCGCCAGCCAGGGGCAGCGUGCCCGCGAAAUUCAGAUCGAUUUCGACUUCAUGAUUGGCGCCGAUGGCGCGCAUUCGGCCGUCAGAUACCACUUGAUGAAGUACACACGCAUGGACUACCAGCAGGUGUACAUCGACACGAUGUGGUGUGAAUUCCAGAUCCCGCCCAGGACGACCGCUCCAUCCGCCAGUUUGACAUCCAAAUUUAUCAUAUCCCCUAACCACCUGCACAUUUGGCCUGGCAAGGAGCACAUGUUUAUCGCCAUUCCCAGCGACGACGGCUCCUUUACCUGCACCCUGUUCGCGCCCGCCGCCUUCUACGAGCACCUCGAGUCCGACCCUUCCGGAGCUCUCAUCCCGCCCUUCUUCGACAAGCACUUUCCCGGCGUGACGGAGCUGAUCCCUCCCGCCGACCUGAUUGCGUUCUUCCACCGCAACCCGCACCUGCCGCUCAUCUCCAUCAAGUGCAAGCCGUACCACUACGGCUCGUCGGUCGUCAUCGUCGGCGACGCCGCCCACGCCAUGGUGCCCUUCUACGGGCAGGGGAUGAACGCCGGGCUCGAGGACGUGCGCAUCCUGUUCGACAUCCUCGACAAACACGCGCGCAUGGACGAGUUCAGCGUGCGCGCCAACGCCGACGCCUCGGCCGCGCGCGAGCGCGCCCUGGCCGAGUACACGGCCGUGCGCGUGCCCGACGCCCACGCCAUCAACGACCUGGCGCUGCAGAACUACGUCGAGAUGCGCGCCCUGGUGCUCUCGCCCGCCUACCGCCUGCGCAAGUUCCUCGAGGAGACCAUCUCCAAGUACUUCCCCUCGCUCGGGUGGCAGACCAAGUACGCUCGGGUGUCGUUCGGCAACGAGAGGUACUCGGAGGUGGUCAGGCGGAGCGAGCACCAGGGGAAGAUGUUGGUGCGUGGGUUCGUGGGCCUGGUCGGGCUGCCGGUGCUGGCCGGCGGGAUUGCGCUGCUGCUGCGGUACAGGAGGGCAGUCGAUGUCGGGCUGAGGGCGGCAUUUGGGUCGGUGGACUCGAUGGUAGAGUUUAUGGCGAUGAAGGUGUGAGUUGUAUGCCUUGGGUGUAGGGGUUCCUGCACGGUUCGCUGUGAGCUAGCUGUGUGCUUGCUCGGGUCGGAAUAUCUGUGUUAUAUCACUUUGAAGCUUUUUGACAUGUGUGGAAGCAUAGAAGGUCCUGAACUAUCUCUCGCCUUCUUCUCGAGCAUUUUCGCCUCCCCCCUUUUGCUCCUCGUGAACAGUACAGUACCUAGUUCUGAGCUACGAGACUCAGCAAAAUAGGGAGCUGAUCUUCGAGCCAUGUACAGUCCAACAAGGCGAAAUAAAUCUGAACCUGCUUACAUUUAACCAUACCGAAAUAAAUAUACACAGGUCAUCGGGCUUGUUUC